AUGCAGAGCCCCGAUUCAGCGAUCGCCUCCACAGAAGUGCUUCGGUUCGUGCGAAGUGCAGCAGAGCCAGGACUGCAGUGCAUGGCAUGGCUGCCUGCCCACGAGACCUUUGUGGAUGCGCGGCUGCGCAUUGGACAAGAUCAACUUGAGUUGCAAACCUUGGGAACUGGCACGCCUCCAGUGAAGAUCUGCUUGGGCUACCUGAGGUCAGCUUGCGUGGCUUCAAAAGCUCAGAUCCCUUACCCUUCGGGCCUGAGUGUGAAUUGGGUGGACUUCGCGGUCUUUCUGGAGUUCUUUGAUCUUACGGAGGCCAUGGAGUUGCGGACGGAAUGCGUCCUCCUGAGUGGUGACGUUGAGGCUUCCCUCCUUUGCCGCUCCUUAGGGCAGCUGCAGCGCUUUGGGGUCCCCCCUCUGGAAAAAGAGCCGGAGCUACCAGCUUGGGUCGCAGCCCAAGCGCGUGCUGCGGUUGCGACCUUGACCUCUCCAGAUGUCCUGAUUGCGCUGAAGCGCUGGCGAGCUGGCUCCGCCCUGCAGCCUUCACGCUUACCUGUGCACCGCCUCCGCACCUCAUCCGAGGUGAAUGCUGGCUGCACAGGAUUGUCGCUGUCGACGUUGUGGAAGGAUGCCACAGCCGGGGUUCUGGAAAUUCUGAACUCGCCAGCGCUGCUUGGCACCAAGCCGGACCCUAGCUUGGCUGCAGGCUGGGACGCACCUCUGCCCCUUCAUGGCGGCGACCGCUUAGAUGGUGAAGCAGAGCUCUCCGCACGAUGGAAGAAGGUCAUGGGCGAUCGUGACCCUGCAGAGCUCACCCGGAGCGAGUUAAGGGCUCUUUUCGUACUCGGCCACCGCAUCCCUUGGCAGUACAGGCUGGCGCUUUGGCCCGCGUGGCUUCACGUCGCGGAAGAGGGCAGUGACCCGCUGGACGACGGCAUGCUCUGCACUGAAGAGACCUGCAAGAGGCAGAUCGAGAAGGACGUGCCCAGGACACGGCCGGCGGACCUGAACGAGAGCCAGCGGGCAGCACUUGGUCGCGUGCUCCGGGCCUUUGCAGUUCUUCGGCCGCAGGUGGGCUAUUGCCAGGGUCUUAACUUUGUGGCAGCAGUCGCGCUGCUCGUGGGCUUCACAGAGAAACAAGCACUUGGUGGCCUUCGUGCACUUACCGAUGUGUUUUGCAGCGGAUACUACGAGGAGUCGAUGAGUGGCCUCUUGCGCGACAUUGCAGUUCUUGAUGCGCUUCUGCUCCACCUGCUGCCCAAAAUCCACGCGCGAUUCGCCGAGGUGGAUUUGCCUCUCAUAUGGAUUGCUACCGAACCGCUUCUGACCCUGUUCUCGCGGGAGCUGAAGCCCAUCGAGCCUAGGCCAAAAGUUGAAGCGUCGCAGAGAGACCCGACCUGA